CUGAGCCCAAGGCAAAAGCAAGCCAAUGCGCAUUGCCAUUGAGCUGCUAAUUUCUGCAUGGUUGGAAGUGCAAAUUGCAAUGCUGUGACGAGGUUUGCACAUUAGUUCGCAGGCUGUGGCAGGUUAACGCUCUUCAUCGAGGAGGAAGCUUCGUCCUUGAUUUGAGGGGCUUUGAUGAGGGUGGUGGAGUUUUGACGAUUGCUGGGGCUGAUCAAGCUGGGAGGAGGCACUCGAGUUUUGACAUUGCAUUGGGUUACCAAUGCUAGUGUCAGGAAUCAUUGAUGUUUCGAUGCCCUUAAUCCACCUUCCUCAAUCAUAAUACAUUCAUUAGCUCCCACACUAGAAGCAAUGGUGUAUGCAGCAGGCGAUGCAGCAGAGAGGUAAAUGGGGAAUAGUGAAACAAAGUCCAUCCUGACUAGCCGGACCAAAGAAUGCUGGAAGAGUAGCGGUUGCAAUUGUUUCUGCGAAAUUCAGAAGAAGUAGGUCCUUUUAUGUGAGCCGACUCCUUGGAUGGUGGUAAUAAGUCCAUAAACUACUGCAGAAAACAACCCUGAAACGAUGGCAGUCGUCUCUGAAAUUGUCAGCAGGCAGACGCUCACAGACGCGCUCCCCACUUCUGAAGAAAUGCUGUCUGCACCAUCUGAAACUCCGCAGCUUGCCAGCCUGUGCCAAACCCCCAGCCACGACAUGGAGUCCAAGUUGGAGCAACUCCAACAGGAAAAGCUGGAGCUAGAGGCACAGCUGAGAUCCCACCAGGACACCAUUGCACAUCUCAGCGACACGAUUGCGCAGCUCAGAGCCAUCUUAAAGAAGCAGGAGGGGGCCUUGCGGGAACAGUGGGGGCAGUUUGUCGCUGUGAACACUCCAGGAUCUUUGCAAGCGGUGGACAGGGAGGAGGUCCGGACGCUGGUGCAUGAGGCAAAGGAGAGGGAGAGAGAGGAGUGCACGGAGAGGCUGGAGAGGAAAAGGCAGGAGUGUACAGCGCAAAUGAAGGAGGAGACGCGGGAGAUGUGCGCAAGGGCGGUGACCAGGGCGUGGGAGGAGUGCAGUGCAACAAAGGAUGCAGAGAUCAGCAGGCUCAAGGAGCAGCACAAGAUUGAGAUGUUCAAUCAGAAGAUGGCGGUCAAGCGGGAAUGCCUGCGCAUCGUGCCCGAGAUGGCAGGCAGCCUCAACCGCUGGCACUUGGCGCUUGUCAACAAGAUCCACAAGAUGCUCCCCACCGACUUUCCAGGAGAAGGGCGGUCCUUAGGGACAGAGCGCUUUGGCAACGGCUCCCCAAGCACAGGCAACGAAGAGGGGGGUGCAGCGCCUGGGCGUUCUAGCCCCCCGGACGAGGAGCAGCCCUCCCUGCCCCGUCUCGCCGCUGAGGGCAACGAAACCCGUACACUAGGUGAAAGAGCGGCAGGUCAUAUGGAAGAGGGGUCGUUUCAGCAGGCGGCGAGUCGGAAAGCAGGUUCGGAGGUCGAGAAGCGGAAGAGGCGGAAGAAAGGUGGCAAUGUGGGAGCUCUGGAGGGGGCGGCUGGCGGAGACACUUCACAAGCUGCGCGCAAAGCAAAGAAGCGGCCGGCACCAGCGGACGAGCCCUCACCGCCGCCACAACGGCCCCAAAGCGCGCCCCUCUCCUCACGCGCGCAGACCCGGACAACAGCCGUCCAAGCAUCCGGCAGCCGAGGUGCGAGAUCCGGCGAGGAGAAGCACUCCCCAUCGAAAGUCCCGAAGGGACAUACGGUCAAAGCGACUGGCUCGAAAGCCAAGAAGCCCCCCAAAAAGGGGGCUAAGACGUCCGCCGAUAAGAGGCCGCGAAUCGAGACCCUCGAUCUGGAGGAGGGAAGCCCAUCGGACGGUCGAGAUGUGGCAAGGGAUGGCGGGAUGCGUGCCACGUGGGGGACGGAGCUGCUGAUGAGCCCGAGCUUUGUUCCCGAGUGCGACUCGGAACGGUUCGAAUUGGUACGAAACGGCGGCUGGGGGGCGCAGAUUGGACUGGAGGGAGGGGGAGAACUGGGAGCAGCGGACGGGGGGGGAACGGGAGUAGAAUGGAGGGGCGGCAUGGAAGCGGAGAAUACGGAGAGGGGGGAGGCAGCGAGCCGGGGGGAGCAGCACGGGGAGGAAAAUUGGGGAGGGGACUGGGGCGAUUUGUCCGGGGGUGAAUGGGACGCUGCGAUGGCCAGGGCUGAAGCAGCGCAGGCGCGGGAGAAUGAAGGUGCGAUCAGAGACGGGGGGCCGAUGCACGAGGGAAGCAAAGAGAAGAGUGUACGAGCGGAGGCGAGACAGCAAGGAUCUCCUGAAGAAAAGCUCAGUGAAGAGAACGCCCGGGAGGAAGUUCACAGUCUCGGGGCAACUGAUUCAAGCGCCUGGGACGGGGGGAUCCCUCAGGAGCUGACGGUGCUCCAGAAGCUGAAGUCACUGGACUCGUUGGCGGAUGUAGAGGGUGCCCCGGAGGACUCCCCCGGGCAGGGAGGCUCCGCUCAGGCGCAUGCGCACAUUCCCCCGACCCGAAUCCGCUUGAAGCGGCCGAGGCAUACGUCAUCGCUGGGUGACUUGCGCGGCCAGAACAAAGAAGCCAUGCUUUCGGAGUCGGCUCGGGGCGGUGAGUCACGGCCAGAGGAGACUGCCCGGGAGAAUGAACCGCCUGCUCAGGAGCCAAGCGAAGGGUACAAACCGCCCGCCCAGAAGCGGUACGAACCACCCGUGCAGGAGUCUGCCGAGAUAGACGGAGCGUCCGAUGCACCGGAGAGUGAACCGCAGUCACAGGGGGCGGCUCUGGAGGAAGAACCGCCUGGUCUUGCCCGGUUCGACGAGGCGCACCGGCGGCGGGUGAGGUGUCGGCGGAGUGGCCCGGGCAAGGACGAUACGUAUGGGACGCUGGCGUACGAGGAGACCGGGGGAGGGGCCGGGGUGUGCUGGGUUUGGUGUGAAUGCGCUGCCUGCAUGGCCGGUGGAGGGAGCGCACGGCAGCCAUUCACGCCGCCCGAGUUCGAGCGGCACGCGGGCAGCGCGCGCAAGAAUUGGCGGACGUCCAUCGUCUGCUGCGGCAGCGAGCGGACGUUGCGAGAGGAGCUGGGGGAGUUGCCGCUGCAGCGCGGGCACAUGCAGAGGCCGUGAUAAGAAACGAAACUGUCUAUGGAGCAAUUGGGCCGGCCAUUAAGAAUAGUAUCCGUUCGGUGACUGAAUGGAUGGAAAAAAAAGGGUGGAGCAGGGGUCGAUCCUUGAGUAGCACCUUGGGGAGAAUGCUAGCUCAGGGUAGGAGGCAGGGGCACUAGGAUUGUACAUCUGGUCGGGACUAUGAGUGAGAUCAUGUACAUUGUACGGUCAGUGUAAAAAGGAAGAGAUGGGUUUGAAAGCAGUUAAGGCUAGAAUCGGAUGGAUGGAUCAUGAGCAUUCUCAUUUGACGGUGUGAAGAACUAUUCUGGCUAGCCGCACGAUCCAGUGUCGAAGGGUCUGAUGGUCAUUGCUUCAGCGCAGACACAACCGUCUUACAUAUACCUAAAUUCGGUACGGCAAAAGUCUUGCAAGCUUCCCUGGAGCGUGAGUUUGACGCGCCGGGUACAGUGAAACCUCUUAAGAAGACCUAUGAAAAGUCUCGUCACCCCCGCCACGAAAGCGAUAUCCCUGCAGUCAGCCUUUUUCGAC